AUGCCGCGCGGUGACGACAGCGCAAAACCAAAUCCUGCAAGCCAAUCAACAAGUACGCCCAAGCCAAAAAAGCGAAAAUCGAAAAGCGACUCACACAAAUCAAAAGCUCAAUCGCAGACACUACCAGCUACAACUCCCAAACCUUCACCCUCGCAGCAACCUACGCCCAGCACCACGUCGCGCAAGAGUAAACCGACUCCCACUCUACCAAACGACUCCCUAUUCAUCCAGCAACAUGAGUCACCAACGCCUGUAGAUCCUGAGGUUGCUGAGACAAGGUUCAACUUAGAGGAUCUGCGAGCGGAAGAGAUUGAUCGUGAGGCCCUCGAUCUCGAGAGCGACCACGGCUCAGACGACGAUGAAGCCGGCCCCAAGAAGAAGAAGAAGCGCGCAUACAAGCAUCGCGAUGCUGAGCAAGAAGGAUACUCGACUGAUGCACGCAUAUUGAGUAUGCGCUAUGGACACCGCCUGCUAUACCUUCGAACAAUCUCUCCUGAGACCUGCCUCAAGGCGAUCAGGCAUCACUUUGGCGGUCUUGAUGGGAUUGGAUUGAACCAUGAGAUCUUGACGUACGCAAAAAGGCGUACCAAGGGAUUAUGCUCACAAUGGGGAUUUGACACACGCAAGAACAUGAAGGGCUAUGUCAAGAAGCGCAUUGAACAGGAGCCGCUCCUCACCGACAUUACCGAUGUUGUCACCCUCAACAAAUAUUUCGACAAGGCAUACAACGUAGCAAAUUUCAAAUCUGUCUUCUACUUUGCGCGCACUGUAGAUGUUUCAGGCUCUACCAGAGAAGCCAGGCGCUAUUGCAGAACCAUCUUCGUCAAUCUCGCCUCGUCCACCAAGAUGCACCUCGACUACGACGCCGGCCUCCACACCAAUCGACGCUAUGAUGAUAAGGGCUAUGUGGCGCUAUGGGAGCGGCUUGGGAAGAUCAAGCAGUUUGAGUCUGAGCCAGCGCUGAGCGAGUUUCUCCUCGUACCAGUGAAUGAGGACUCCAAGAAGCGCUCCGGUUCUGCUGCUCAGCUUGUCCCUCUUCCUGAGGAUGAUGAUACGUUCUUCAUAGCGCCAUCAAGCAGCAAGACCAAGAAGACCAAGAAGAGGAAGAGACAGCCAGAGGAGAAGUCGACUUCGACGUUGCUUGAUCCCCGCCUUGAAGCCAUGGGUCGAGAUGCUCAAGACACGUAUCGAUCUCAGCGAGCUCCAGGAUAUGAGAAUGAUGAUGAUCAAGCGGCGCAAGCACACAAGUCGAUAGAGAAGCUGUUCAACCUGAAAAGGGUUGGUGCUGCUGAGGAUGAGGAUGAGGAUGAUGAGACAGGAUCUAAUGGUAAGGCCAUUUCUAUUUCUAGCAGAGAGUCGUCAGAUUCAAGCGACACUGAUACCGGCGACGAUGACGAGGAGAAGGGAGAUGAAGAGGGUGGAGAGGCUCAACCGGAGCAGUAG